CGGACGGAGUUUCCAGCUGCGGUCGCUGUCUGCGGACUCAGCGUCUCCGAGGGGGGAAGAGGCACUGCUCUGCUGACAUUAUCUGGAAUACAACUCAGCUUCAAGUCACUGUCAAAGUUAUCGGACUGCGAGAGGAGCCGUCGGGUGAGGUGAAGAUGGUGGACCGGCUUGCGAACAGCGAGGCCAACUCCAAGCGUAUCGGCGUGGUGGAGGGCUGCUUCGGCGCGGCGGGCCAGCCGCUCGCCAUCCCCGGGCGCGUGCUGAUCGGCGAGGGCGUCCUCACCAAGCUCUGCCGCAAGAAGCCCAAGGCGCGGCAGUUCUUCCUCUUCAACGACAUCCUGGUCUACGGCAACAUCGUCAUCCAGAAGAAGAAGUACAACAAGCAGCACAUCAUCCCGCUGGAGAGCGUCACCAUCGACACCGUGCCGGACGAGGGCGACCUGCACAACGGCUGGCUCAUCAAGACGCCCACCAAGUCCUUCGCCGUGUACGCCGCCACCGCCACCGAGAAGUCCGAGUGGAUGAACCACAUCGGGAAGUGCGUCGGGGACCUGCUGCAGAAGAGCGGCAAGGCCCCGACGGGCGAGCACGCCGCCGUGUGGGUGCCCGACUCGGAGGCCACGGUGUGCAUGCGCUGCCAGAAGGUGAAGUUCACCCCGGUCAGCCGGCGCCACCACUGCCGGAAGUGCGGCUACGUGGUGUGCGGGCCGUGCUCGGAGAAGAAGCACCUCCUGCCCAGCCAGUCGUCCAAGCCGGUGCGCGUCUGCGAGUACUGCUACGUGCAGCUGACGUCGGGCGGCCUGGCGCCGCGCUCGGACUCCAUCACGCGGCUCGGGUCGAAGUUCAACAACCUGUCGGACGACGACGACGACGACGACAGCAGCGACUGAGGAUCGAGCC